ACCGCGUAUACGUUCAUGUUCAUUUUUUAACCGCUUUGCUCUUUCACUUGUCGUGUUUCUGCAGAAGUGUGAAUAGGCACGAUGUCGGCUCACAAGACAUUUAUUAUCAAGCGAAAGCUUGCGAAAAAGUUGAAGCAAAACAGACCGAUUCCCCAAUGGGUGAGAAUGCGGACCGGUAAUACUAUCCGGUAUAAUGCGAAGAGGCGUCACUGGAGGAGAACUAAACUAAAGUUGUAAAUCACACAUAUUUGCAGAUGAUAAAUAAAGAUAUCAUUUCUGUAUAAGGAA